CUGCUCCACCAGAGAGCAGCCGUGUGCUGGAAACCAAGUGGUUAGGGCUGAGGCUGGGGAGAACCUCGGGGCCCCAGACGACCAUGCUCUGCCUGAAAGCCCGGCCCGGAGGCCCGAAGCUCCUGUCCUAACGCAGCGCUGGCAAAUCAAUGCCCGGUGAUUCCUGCUUCGGCCUCUGUCUGCACAAACGGCUCCUCAACAUGAGAUACAGUCUCCACUUGACCUUCAUGUGUCUGAGUCUCUUCACGGGAAGGAUGUGCAUCCAGGGGAAUCGGUUCAACGCGGAGGUCAGCAGAAGUGACAAGCUCUCCCUGCCCGGCUUUGAGAACCUCACUGUAGGAUACAACAAAUUUCUCAGGCCCAAUUUUGGCGGGGAACCCGUGCAGAUAGCCCUGACUCUGGACAUUGCUAGUAUUUCUAGCAUUUCAGAGAGUAACAUGGACUACACGGCCACCAUAUACCUCAGACAGCGCUGGACCGACCCGCGGCUGGUGUUCGAAGGCAACGAGAGCGUCACCCUGGACGCCCGCCUGGUGGAGUUCCUCUGGGUGCCAGACACUUACAUCGUGGAGUCCAAGAAGUCCUUCCUCCAUGAAGUCACUGUGGGAAACAGGCUCAUCCGCCUCUUCUCCAAUGGUACAGUCCUGUAUGCUCUCAGAAUCACGACCACUAUUGCAUGUAACAUGGAUCUAUCUAAAUACCCCAUGGACACACAGACGUGCCAGUUGCAGCUGGAAAGCUGGGGCUACGACGGAAACGACGUGGAGUUCAGCUGGCUGAGAGGCAACGACUCUGUGCGUGGGCUGGAAAACCUGCGGCUUGCUCAGUACACCAUACAGCGGUACUUCACCUUGGUCACCAGAUCGCAGCAGGAAACAGGAAAUUAUACACGACUGGUCUUGCAGUUUGAGCUUCGGAGGAAUGUCCUGUAUUUCAUUUUGGAAACCUACGUUCCUUCCACCUUCCUGGUGGUGUUGUCCUGGGUUUCGUUUUGGAUCUCUCUCGAUUCCGUUCCUGCAAGAACCUGCAUCGGAGUGACCACCGUGUUGUCUAUGACUACGCUGAUGAUUGGGUCCCGCACUUCUCUUCCCAACACCAACUGCUUCAUAAAGGCCAUCGAUGUGUACCUGGGAAUCUGCUUCAGCUUCGUGUUUGGGGCCCUGCUGGAAUACGCGGUUGCCCACUACAGCUCCUUACAGCAGAUGGCAGCCAAAGACAGGGGGAUGCCGAAAGAAGUGGAAGAAGUCAAUAUCACUAACAUCAUCAACAGCUCCAUCUCUAGCUUUAAACGGAAGAUCAGCUUUGCCACCAUUGAAAUUUCUGGUGAUAACGUUGACUACAGCAACCUGAGUAUGAAAACCAGCGACAAGUUCAAGUUCGUCUUCCGAGAUAAGAUGGACAGGAUUGUGGAUUAUUUCACAAUUCAAAACCCCAGUAAUGUUGAUAGAUAUUCCAAACUGCUAUUUCCUUUGAUUUUUAUGCUAGCCAAUGUAUUUUACUGGGCGUACUACAUGUAUUUUUAAGAGUAUGUUGAAUCGUUUGCAUGCCACAGGUCUUCCACAGAACAAGGUAAAGAUGUAAAUGGUAUUCUAAGCCAAGUGUGCACCCUAACCCAACGGUGCUACAAGAGACUAAAGUAACAAUUUAGCAUUUUUCCUCAAAGAAUGGACCCCCCAACCAUUAUUUAUGCUGUGUAGAAGUCCUAGUAUUACAGAGUCUUUCAAUAGAGACAUCAAUCGAUUCCUUUUUUUUAUUAUUUUUACAAAAGACAUCCCCAAGGAGCCUGAUCACAAACCUAUUCAGGAUUGGCUGACUGCUCAUUGGGUCCCUGGUCAGCAUUUACCUCAUCUAAAAACUGAGAAAGAGGCCAUUACAUGUAUUGAGUGACCCUCACGCAUCAGGGGCUGUUUCCAAAUUAAUCACAGAUGCUAUUUAUUAAAUCUCUGCAGGGCUUAUAAAACGCAUUGUUGCUUGUUUAGGGAGUAACAUUUUCAAAUUUUUGUUUUUGAUUAAAAUGAAAUGUAGUCCUAUGUCAAUUCACCGAAAGUCAGUGUACUAACUCAAUACGAAGAUGAGUUUUUAAUACAGUAGUUAAUACCUUAACAAAAUUGUUCCCCAAAUUCCAGUAAAUCCUACCAUUGAAAAGUCAAAUGUAAGUGAAGAGCAAUUGAAUAGAUCAAUAAUCUGUUUGGAGUCCCCAAACCAUUAGGGCUCUGGGGCUUUAAUUCCCCACUUGACAUGUCUUAUUGUUUAACUAUUAUACUCAUACUGGUCCUAAACAAUGCCCAUAUCAGGGCAUGAAAUGGAAGAUUUUUUUUUUUCUUACUUAUUCUACGAGUCUCAGAAUGGACUGUUGCCAACAAGACUUGCAGCAUUGAGUCCAUUUCCAUCUU